CGCAGUGUGAUUUCGGCCUCGGCUCUCGCAGGACCGCGUGGCUCCCGCUCGACACUCGGUGGCCGCAACGCCCACGACGAUGGCCACGCCGCGACGACUGCUCGUCGCGCUCGCGACGGCUCUCCUCCUUGGCAGCGCAGCGCGCUGCCAGAGAGCGCCGACGAUCUCGUACAUAUCGCAAGAGCAGAUCAAGGACUUGGGCUCGAACGUGGAGCUGACGUGCAAGGUGCAGUACAGCCAGGACUACCCGGUGCUGUGGAUCAAGCUGGACAGGACUCGCUACGAUCAGAUGCCCAUCUCCAGCAACGCCGCGCUCAUCGUUCCCGACGGCCGGUUCUCCCUGCGAGUCGAGCCCGCCACCUCCAGCUACACCCUGCGGAUCGACGACAUUCAGGAGACGGACGCGGGCUACUACCAGUGCCAGAUCCUGAUCAGCACGCACACCAAGGUGGCGGCCGAGGUGGAGCUGACGGUGCGCCGCUCGCCUAUUAUCAACGACAACUCGACGCGCUCGCUGCUGGUGAGCGAGGGCCAGAGCGUCCGGCUCGAGUGCUACGCCGACGGCUACCCCAAGCCGCGCGUCUCCUGGCGACGCGAGAACAACGCGAGGCUGCCCACGGGCGGCUCGAUCUUCCGCGGCGGCGUGCUCCGGGUGCCGGCGGUGCGCAAGGAGCACCGGGGCACCUACUACUGCGUGGCGGAGAACGGCGUGGGUCGGGGCGCGCGGCGCAACGUCAACCUGGAGGUGGAGUUCGCGCCGGUGAUCGAGGCCAAGCGGCCGCGGCUCGGCCAGGCGUUGCAGUACGACAUGGACCUGGAGUGCCACGUGGUCGCCUACCCGCCGCCUGCCAUCUCCUGGCACAAGGACCACCGCCAGCUGGCCAACAACCAGCACUACAGCGUCUCGCACUUCGCCACCGCCGACGAGUACACGGACACCACGCUGCGCGUCAUCAGCAUCGAGAAGAAGCAGUUCGGCGACUACGUCUGCCGGGCGGCCAACAAGCUCGGCUCGGCCGAGACCACGGUCCACCUCUUCGAGACCGUCGUGCCGGUGUGCCCACCCGCCUGCGGCCAGGCCUUCUACACCAGCGGAUGA